AUGUCAACUCCAGCCAGAAGAAGAUUAAUGAGAGAUUUCAAGAGACUCCAAAAUGAUCCACCCGCAGGAAUCAGUGGAGCACCAAUGGAAAACAAUAUAUUACAGUGGCAAGCAGUCAUCUUUGGACCAGAAGAUACUCCAUGGGAAGGAGGAACCUUUAAAUUAUCUCUACAGUUUUCAGAAGAAUAUCCAAACGAUCCACCCCAAGUCAAAUUUUUAUCAAAGAUGUUCCAUCCAAACGUUUAUACUGACGGUGCUAUCUGUCUUGAUAUUUUACAGAAUCAAUGGUCACCAAUUUAUGAUAUUGCUGCUAUUUUAACUUCAAUUCAAUCUUUAUUAUGCGAUCCAAAUCCAAAUUCACCAGCCAAUUCAGAAUCAGCGAGAUUAUUCAGAGAAAACAAGAGAGAGUACAAUCGUAAAGUAAAGGAAGUUGUAGAACAAAGUUGUAAAAAGUAUCAUAGUUUUGAGUAUUUUCGUAAUUAG